AUGCAAAAAAGAAUUCUCAAAAACAAUAAAAAACCUGAUAUAUUGAUAAGAACUCAACAAAGGGCCAGCACCUUAUUCGCAUCUAGCCACAACCUUUCUGAUUCCGAUGAAGAAUCUCAAAAUCUACCCAAUGAUGGUAUAUGAAGAAAGCUGAAUGAAAAAUUUGAAAUAAACUGGCCAGAACCUAUAGUCUCCUCAAGAAAACUUCAGUCAAAUAUUAAAACUCCAAGGCAAAAAAGAGUCUCUUUUUCUGGACAAAUCCCCAAUAAUUUUGCUCAAAAAAAAGACGCUUUUUCUCCAAAUUUCGUUGAUAUGGUAAGCAGGACAAUCGUCAAAGAACGAUUAAGAAAAAACAAAAUAAUAUUGGAUCCUUCACAAGAAGAUGCAGAAAUCUGUGAAGAAAAAGAUAGGAUCUUUGAGAUGAUUCAUAGGAAAAGUCCAAGAAAGUUAUCAUUCAAUUCUGUUGGGACAUAUGACAGCAAAUCAAAAAUUCAGACUCCUCAAUGCAGAGCAAGUCUCUUAAUCCCUAUACAAUUGUCAUCAAAAAUUAAAGCAAAGAGUAAUCAUUGUCCUUUUAUGCAUAGAACUAAAACAAUCAAUUUAUCGCCUACUGCUGAUUAUAGAAAGAAUAAUCAUACCCCAGAAGGUGCUUUUACCCAACGGGAAAAACUAUUGAAUUCAUUAAUUUAA